AUGACGGGAAAGAGGACGUCAGUGGUCGGGCUGACCGGAGUGGAGACUCCCGGUGCCAUGUAUCCGAACGAAAAACGUAGUUCAUCAAUAUCGAAAGCCGACUUCGAGGAUCCGCGAAAGGGCGAUACAAUUGGUGUCCUUAAUGCAGCCCAAUGUCUCUCAAAAGCGAUGGUCAACGCCGGCGCCUUCUCAUUGCCAUACGCCUGGUAUUUGGGUGGUUUUUGGGUCUCAUUCGUGGCCUCGUUUGUCAUUUGUGCCUUGAACUGGUAUGGGAAUCACAUUCUCGUCCGAUCCAGCCAGCAUCUCGCAAAAAAAUCCAACAAACCGGCUCUGGAUUAUGGGCAUUUUUGUCGGAAGCUCUGCGACAACUCGGAUUCCGAGUUUCUACGAAAAGUGGCCACGCCUAUGGUAAUCGGUGUCAAUAUUUCCGUCCUAUGCUAUCAGCUUGGAUUGGGCAGUGUGGCCAUCUUGUUUAUUGCGGAUAACAUGGUGAGCAUCGUUGGCACUGCCCUCGGACCGACAAGAGCAACACAGAUGCUUGUCGCCAACACAAUUGUUCUUUUCUUUGCGAUAUUCACGAAUAUGUACAGCAAGAUGAGAGUUGUCGCCUUCUUUGCCAUGAUCUCGACCUUCUUUUUGCUUAUCGGAAUCAUCGUGAUCAUGCAAGAGUCGAUUCGCCAACCAGAUUUCGGGAAGAAUUUGGGAACAUUGCCAGCUGUUGGAAACAGCUUCUCGGAUAUGAUGCAAAUGGUCGGCAUUCUGAUGUAUGCGUACGAGGGACAGGCGAUGAUUUUGCCUAUCGAGAAUAAACUGGAGAAACCUGAGCAAAUGCUGGCCUUCCCGUUUGGUGUUGUUCCCAUUACGAUGCUCGUCGCCGGCUUCUUCAUCUGGAUUAUUGGACUCGUGGGUUACGCGGGUUAUGGUUCGGCUGUUGAAGCUACGAUCACCAUAAAUAUGCCGCAGACCUUACUCUAUCAAGGAGUAAACGUUUGUUUGAUGAUACAGACACUUGCCGGUAAUGCGAUCGCUUUAUAUGUGAUCUUCGAAAUGUUCCUUGACGAUUUCGUAGCCUGGUUUCGUGGCAAUUGGCAGAGCGUUCCCGAGUUCAUAGUCGACAAAGGAUUCAGGUUAUUUUGGGUGUUGCUGUGCUAUGCGAUGGCGGUGGUGAUUCCCCAUUUGGACAUUAUGAUCCCUCUGGUUGGGGUGACUGGUGGGACGAUGUGUGCCCUCAUCUAUCCGCCACUCUUUGAGAUGAUGACUUUUUGGAACGAAUGGAAGGCAACAAAGAGCACCUUCGAGGUCUCACUCCGAGUUUCCUGGAACCUCAUCCUAAUGGCCAUUGGAGUGUACGCGAUUAUCACCGGUGUCUAUUCGAAUUACGUGGCCGUGAUAGCAGCCUUCGAAAGCGAUGCUGCGGCUAAUCCGACCACAGCUAUGCCUACAAAU